UAGGUCGGUGGUCGGUACCUCCCCAUUUCAAUUGCAACGGUUUCUUCCGGGGCCAUUCAGAUAACCAGCAAAUUGCUGCAGCAAAUUACUGAAAUUCAAAAGCCGACCUAAUUCAUAGAUUCGAAUCUCACCGUCAAUUUUUUGCUACAUUCAAACAUGGAGGGACACAAGCGACUUUUGAUGGUGUUGGUGUUCUCUGCAGCUCUCCUGUGUGCUGAAUCGGCCAGGAGCAGGAAGGAUUCUAGCAGCCAGAACAGUUUCAGAAGGGCGGCCAAUGGCUUUUAUCAAGCUCUGAGCAGCGUUUUCGGAGAGGAAAAUAUCAGGGGGCUGUACAAGUUUUUCUCUAAGACAACGGAGAGAUUUGUCCAUGGCGUGGAUGCCUUUUUGGACACACUCUGGAAAGUUUGGACGGACCUGCUGGAUGUCAUCGGGAUUGAUGCGUCCAACCUGAGCCAUUACUUCAGCCCCACAUCGCUGUCCAACUCCCCGGCCCGUGCGCUCCUACUAGUUGCUGCAGUGCUGCUGGCCUACUGGUUCCUAUCCCUGUUCCUGGGGGGCUUCUUUUACCUGCUGCACGCCAUCUUCGGCCGCUUCUUCUGGCUGGCCCGCGUGGCCCUCUUCGCCCUCUCCUGCCUCUACAUCCUGCAGAAGUUCGAGGGCGACCCGGAGCGCGCGGUGCUGCCCCUGUGUUUCGUGAUGGCCGUGUACUUCAUGACGGGCCCUGUGGGGGCCUACUGGCGCAGAGGGGGCGCCCCCAGCACCCUGGAGGAGAAGAUCGACCACCUGGACACCCAGAUCCGACUCCUCAACAUCCGCCUCAGCAGAGUCAUUGACAACCUGGAGAGGUCCAGUGAACAGUGAAAGCCCCAUUGGGCCUGUUGGUUUGGUUGGUAGUUUUGUGUUUUUGGGGCUCUGGGUUGGGUUUGGUUGGGAAAAUGGGGAUUCUAAUUGUAGCCUGGCUUUUGCCAGACCUGUUGUUCCGCACAGCUUCACAAGCUCCACUCACCUGGGGUGCAUUUCUCGACAACAUUGUUGCUAAGUUAUCAACUUACAGUACUUGGUUGCAAUGCAAUUUCGCAUUGGAAACCUAGUAAGUUGCUAACUGCCUAGCAACGAUGCUUUCCAGAAAUGGGGUCCAGGUCUGGGAGAGCGCACAUAGGAUUCAUUUUCAGAAGGCAUGGCUUUUCCUGGUAUGAGUCUACAAUACACUUGUCACAUAAUGGCCCUUGUACACCAGGCGCUACCUACGCGACCCAGGUAGCUGGGGCGGUUGAAGAAGUUUCGCCAUGAAUUCGCUUUAUUCGCUCUGGACGCGGCAUUGACACGUUUGAUUCAGCUAAUCACAUAACGGCUCUGUCUUGAGAGCCUGGGACAUUCGUCGAAAUGAACGUUCCAAUUGGUUUUCGCCGAACCGCGUCAUAGCGAAUUCGCUUGAGUUUAAUCGUCAAAAUUUGCUCUAGUCGCUCAAGAAGCUUCGCUCCUGGCGAAUUCGCUCUGGUAGCUUUAUUCGCCUUUCCUCCAUAGGGAAACAAUGACUUCCGCCACUCAAGUCGCGCAGUUCGCGCUUGGUGUACAUGAAGCUUAACUCGUCGACACGAGCCACCAUUGUUGUUGAAAAAAACGUGUUGGAAAGUUCUAGGCCGGAGAGCUUCUUGAAUCCUCAUGAUCCAGACUUGUGUGUGUGUGUGUGUGUGUGUGUGUGUAUGUGUUUUUGUGUGUGUGUGUGUGUGUGCGCGCGCGCGCAUGCGCGCUUGCGCAACUCGUGGAGCUCUUCUCCCUCGCAGAUCUGUGUGGAACUACACACGUCUGUCGAGAGCCAGGCUAGUACUAUUGGGGGUCUAUAAUAAUGUAAUUACUAGAAUAAUUUGAAACCAGGUUCCAUGACUUUUGCUUGACUUUCAAAGUACUGUUUUGUUUGUUUGUGUGCUUGUUUUUUGUUUGUUUGUUUGUUUGUUUGUUUGUUUUUCAUAGGAACACAUGUAUGGUUUAACAACUGUGUGUGGCCAAAAGUUCUGUUGUAAAAAAAUAUUUGAGAUUUUAAAUAUUAAUGCAUUGUUAUUGAAAAGCUAAAUUUUAACUUAUCGUAUCAAAGAGAGAGAGGCAAAGCUGAGCACCAAUAGGCCUGUAGAAAAAUUCAUGUAGUGCUAGAAUGUGUUGUGUAUGCUGUUGUAGAUUCAAAUGUGUUUCCAAAGUCAUUUGCAUCAUCAAGUAGCAAUAGGAUUGAUUAAGUGAACAUAUUGGACCUUUUUUGUAAAAGAGUUGACUGCGCGAGUGUGUUUUGCAGCACGAGGUGUGCGUUGUGGAUGACUUUGCUUGCGUGGUUGUUUCAUGUCUGUGUGUUAGUGUAGUAUGCGGAAAAGCAAGGGUGAGUACAAUUGCCCUGUUUCGUUUUUUUCUUCCUCGAAAGACAAAUCCAUUUAACUUUUUGAUUACCAAUGGUGUUUGUGUAUCUCGCAAUGUACAUUAUGAAGUAUUGUUGAAGAGCUGAGAGGUAGAUAAACAGGGAAUGAGGAGGCAGAGUGGCCUCUGGUCCUCCUGUGUAAGGCACUGAGCUCUCAGGGAGAGAGGAUGUUCAAACAGCCGUCCCACUGACAGAGGUGUCAAUGAAAAAAAGAGAGAAAAAAUCCUACCACAAGUUUGAUCUAACCAUCUCCGAAUCAGUAGAGUAUUAAACUAUACCAAACCCUUGAGGCAGAAUAUGACUUUUUUAAUUGAUUUUUUUUGGCCUGGUGGGUUGUUAUUUGCCUGGCCCUUGCACGACCUGUAGUUCCGUGUAGCUUCGCGAGCUUCACUACUAGGUCUGGUAGAGCAUGCGUUAGCUCCGUCUUCAAAAAGCAUGGCUUUAUCCAACGUUCUGCCCGUCCUCGCCACCAACAAAUGCCUUCAAAAACGUUUUCUGUUGAUCUGCAAAGCGUCAAUUUAGUCUAUAAUCUGUCU